AUGCUGGGAAGGGUGGUUUCGCUGUGGCUGGGCAGUGGUUGUUGGUGGGUUGCUGGGCUGCUGAUUUUGGUUGAGGCUAAGAAGAUAAAGCUUGGCCUCAAUUUCCAAAGGAACGGUGGCUUAAAGUCAAAAGAAGUGGGGUUUAGAAACAAGCUUCACUCCUUUGUGUGGUUUAAGGAGUUUUUUUUCACACAGCUAGGGGACUUUGGACUGGCAAAGUGGAAGGCAAAUGAUGAUAAUGUGCAGACUAAGAUACUUGGUACUUUUGGUUAUCUUGCACCUGAGUAUACAGAGAGUGGUAUUGUCUCUGUACGAACAGAUGUAUAUGCAUUCGGCAUUGUUCUGAUACAGUUGAUAUCAGGUCGAAAGGUGGUCGACUCAAAUAGAGAAGAUCAACAACACUCUCUGCGGCAGUGGGCGGAACCACUUAUUGAGAGGCUUGCAUUACAUAAACUCAUUGACCCUUGUAUUGGAGAUGCAUACGACACAUAUGAAUUGUACCACAUGGCCAGGACAGCAUACUUGUGUGUGCAAAGUAACCCGAGAUGCGCCCAUCGAUGGGAGAG